ACUUGCAAAAUGUUGUCAAUUGCCAGAACUUCAAGGACUUCAAAGCGGUUAUUCGUCGCACACCAUCCGACAAAACCAUCAAGGCAGAGAUCUAUGCGAUUAAUGCACUCCAUAACCCUGCGUCGGCCACCCUUGCCACAUUGGGGCCCCAGAGCUUGGAAGCAUUCAAGUACAUCCAAUCGUUCCAGAGCGAUGAGAGCACACGCUCUGUCAAUUUGCAUGACACGUUCCCGAUUCUCGGUCAACUGAAUCAGCUAGACCAAAGCGAGUGUCCGCAGCCAAUCCAGGAUCAAUUUGCGAAGCUUGAUGGAGCCAAAAAGGUCAUCAUCGACAAGCUCAAGAACCUGCCUGC